AUUGCUCAUUUAACCUGUAUCAUUUUAUUGAAUAAAUCUAAUUUCCUGUUAAUAGUGCUCAAAAUGUGAGGCGGAAGCCAAAAAGACCAGGAAGAUGAGAUCAAAUCAGCUGUCGAAAAAAGUGCUGAAAUUCUCGUUUAAUGUUUCGUUCACCCAGCAGAACCAAAACUUAUUUUGCGCUCUUCAGUUGCAUACUUUUAAAGUGCCAUUUAUUGUGAGGGAGAGGUAAGGAAAACAUUAUAAUUAUAUGGGCGUGGUCUAAUGUAAUAUUCCAAAACAGAGGGUAAUGCUUGCGUUGUAACCGGGGAAAUGUUCGUUUUUUGGCGCGAGGCUGGAAAGCUUUGAAUAAGGUUACUGCAGGAGAGAAGCGCGGGGAAGGUGUGUAUGGAAGGAAGGUAUAUAUAAUAUAUCAAGCAUGACGUUAACUGGUGCAUUUUCGAUCGAAAUUUGAACGCAGAUUCGCGGGAAAGAAAUACCUCACCUAAGAAGUAAGUUUAAAAUGUUUAAGUCACUUCUGAACUAUUUUUAUUGUUUUAAAUGCAGUCUAUCUAGUAAUGUUUACCUACGUGUAUCUUUUUUAUUCCGAGCCAAUUAGCAGUUUUAUCUGUAUUUUCGUAUUAUCAAGUGACGUACUUAUUUGACUGCCUGCUACAUAGCAUACGGACAUACGAUAGCUAUAACGCUGGUCGAAUGCUGCUGCCGGUGCUGUCAUUUUCAAACUAGGUCGUUGACAGCUAGCUAGAUUUUCUGCAAUAUUAUAGGCUUUUUCUAUGCAACAGCAUGUGAUUGGGAAAAAAGGUGGACUGGGGUUUCUGUGCCUUCAUCUGUUAAAUAAGCCCAAACACACCAAGAUUCACAUCUACUUUCAUCAUCUGUCUCCCACUCUUGUCUCCUGUUUUUAUUACUAUUUUUUCCAUGAACUAUAUAUCUCUAUUUAAUAGUUGUUUUACUAUUCUUCUCUUUCUCCUCUCCCUCACCCAUCUCCAUUUCCAGCCUGAUUAUACUUUUUUGUGCUUCAUCUACACCACCUUCUGGCUAUGUCGUUGUCCCAGGAUGCUAAACAUGCCACCACACCUCUUCCUCUUCCAGCACAUUUUGCUCAAGCCCAGCAACCUUUCUCCAUCAAAAAAAGACGCCUUCCUUUCUCCUCACACUCCACUUCUUCCUCGUCUCUUUCUCCUCCUCCACUGCUCUCACAGUCUCUACCCCCCCGCCCUCCAUCUAAGGGCUGCCCCCCUCUCAGUCGAGUCUUUCCCCAUCAGUCUCCAUCCCCCUGGACACCCCUCUCCUGUUCCUUUACCCAGCCUCCCCCUCCUCCAUCACUUUAUGAUCCUUGCAAAUCCCAGUCCUUCUUCAGCCAGUGUUUCAUCAACCUUGGCUUGCUGGGGAGGGGCUCCUUUGGUGAAGUGUAUAAGGUCCUCAGUCUCCAGGAUGGACAGCAUUAUGCAAUCAAGCGCUCAGUCCAGCGUUUCCGAGGUGAUAGAGACCGGCAGAGAAGUGUCAGGGAGGCCAGGAACCAUGAGCGCUUAUGUCCCCAUCCUCACAUCCUGGGUUUCAAGGCUGCCUGGGAGGAGAGAGGUCAUCUUUACAUCCAAACGGAGCUAUGCUGUACAAGCCUAUUGAUCCACACUGAAGCCCAGCCACAUAACCCAGAGGAGUCGGUGGCGUGGGCCUACCUGAGCGACCUGCUGUCCGCCUUGCAGCACCUCCACUCCCGGGGCUUUGUCCACCUGGACCUCAAGCCUGCCAACGUCUUCCUGACUCGGUCGGGCCGUCUGAAGCUGGGGGACUUUGGGCUGCUGCUGGAGCUCACGGGGGACAGGAGAGGGCAGCCGGGGGGGAAAGAAAGGGAAGAUAGAGAGGAAGGACAGGAAGGAGAUCCAAGAUAUAUGGCCCCAGAACUGCUGAGAGGAGAAUACACUCCUGCUGCAGAUGUUUUCAGUCUAGGUGUGUCUAUUCUGGAGCUGGCCUGUAAUAUGGAGGUGCCGAAAGGGGGAGAUGGUUGGCAGCAGCUCAGACAGGGAAGCCUGCCCUCUGAGUUUGUGAAUGGUCUGUCCGGUGACCUUCAGUCAGUGUUGAGGAUGAUGUUGUCUCCUGAUCCCUCUAAGAGGGCCACAGUCCCUCAGCUUCUUGCUCUCCCAGUGGUGAGGAGACAGAGGUGGAGACGGCAGGUUUCUCUGCUACUGACCGAGUCCCUGCUAUUCCUGUUCUCCCUCUGUCAGACGGUGUUGUCAACAGCAAGGGGGCUCCUGGCUUCUGUCCGCCUCCCAUUCCUCACUGCCCGGGCACCUUCCGUGCCUUGCACCCCUCCCAGAGAUAGCUGGGAAAAAGAUGGGGACUGCAGCACCCCUCCUUUUAGCUUCUCAUACAAUGACACAGAGAGCCUAGCGGAAGAUGUGGUGUUUUUUCCAGAAGAAAUGGGACCAGAUUACUCUCCCACCCUCCCUCAUAGAUCGAAAUCUCCGAUAUUUGUGAGUGGCACUUCCACCCCUCAUCCAAAAACUCAUACUGACUCUCACCACAGUCCAUGUCCCACUCACACUCCCACACAUAGCUACACACAUAGCCAUAGUCUCACACACACUCCCACUAGCACACACACAAGUAGAUUGAAACAUGAUCAAGUAGCCACUUCUGAUCAAAGGCUAGUAGACACAGGAAUUAAAGCACAUACUUUGACACCCUCUAGUGCACAUAAUUCUGCCAAAACAGAGAAUCAGCAGCCGACAGCCACUCAGACUCAUAGUCCGGUCCUAAACUGGAUCAGACCUGAGCCUUGCUUGCGACCCACGUUUGAGCCCAAGAACCUCCUCGGCCUGUUUGAUGAGACCGCACUGGAAGGACAGUCCUGAGGGCAGGACCAUAUACACACCGUCCAUGCUGAGGAACCACUGCACUUAAAGAAUGAGAAGACAUUUGGAAUGGGAUACUAUACCUAUUGUUUAAUGCAUUUUUGGUGGUAUAUUCAUUUUGUGUUUCUAACUUAACUUCUUUGAGUAAACUACUGUUUUACUCUGCUUCAGAACACUUUCGGUACAAGGAGAGUAUGUGCUUCAAAUUGAGCGCUCACAUUUGGUCUUAGGCACUUGUCAUGUUCUACCAUGCUAAUGAAGAACAGUGAAAGGGGAUGUUCACUGCUGUUGAGAAAUUACUGUAUUCCAUGUGUUGUAUUCUAUGACUGCCUGUGAAAUAAAAUGAAUCGUUUAAGCA